CUGGCUGAUAUUGCACUGCUGCGUCACCGAAAGGGGCCUCGAUGUCUUAAGACAGGAGGUGGUUAGAACUUAUUAGAAGGGCUGGGCAACUCAAUUACCCAGAAUCUACGGAUUAAUCCGCACGAUCUCUCUCCAUUCAUCGUCAUCGUCACCGUCGAGCUCGGGGCCAGAUCCGGGGGAGGGGAGGGGCGAGCCUCAACACUACAUACAUACCUCUAGCUACGGUACUCUGUGCUGCCAUGCUGCGAUCGCAAGUUGCAGUUGCAGUUGCAGUUGCUGUUGCACCCUCAGUUGCAGUUUGCCGGUGUCGCGCGGAGGAGGUCAUUCAUUCAUUUCAUGCGCCAGCCCAUCCUUGCCGUUUUCGUCAUUCCCCUGCUAUGUGGUUCUCAGCACCUGAAGCCUGUCAUUGUGCGUCCCCAUCUGGCAUCUGCAUCUGCUUGCUCUUAAUUCCCGCGGGCACUUCGGAAGGAGAAAACGAAGGGGCAGACACUGGCAUUCGACAUUCCUCGCUUGUUGGGUGCUGGUGGAAUAGAUUGCCCAUGCCGACCAGAUUCCACGACCAAUCAUGCUCUGCUGCUCCCACGGGCUGGCCGCACACAAGCUGACGAUGGUGGACCGUCUGGGCUCUGGGCUUUGGACUCUGGGCUCUGGAGGAUGGGGGAAUGCACCAGACACGGCACAGGUAAUAUAUUUCACCAAUCUGGAUAAAUCAACGACGGUCAUUUUGCCGACACCUUCAAUUUGCUCCGCACCCGUUUGAACCGCGUGAACACUAUCCUUGCCACCACAUGACGAGGUCUCGCAAAUUGUUCUGCUUUUUCUGGCACACGCCGUUGUUCCGA